UGACGCGGGCGUCCCCAACGUCGCCGCUCGGCAUCCUUAGCGCAGGCCGCCCCUGACGCCGCGCGCGGAGCCUCCCCCUCCCCACCCCCGCCGCUUCCCCGCCCCUCGCCCGCGCCCUCCCAUGCGCUCACGCCUCGGUGCCCCGGCCGGGCGGACGCGGAGCCGCGCGGGUGACGGCAGAGGCGGCUGCGCGCCCUGCCUCGCCGAGCCUUAGCCCAGCCCAGCCCGAGGAGAGGGCGCGCCGCGCCCCCGCCCCCAGCCCGCUCUCCGGAGGCCGUGGGUGCGGAUGCGCCGCUGACGACGCCUCGCAGCCGCCAGCACUCUGCCCGCCCGGCCGGAGCCCGCAGCAUGGCAGCCGCCGCCUAUGUGGACCACUUCGCCGCCGAGUGCCUCGUGUCCAUGUCCAGCCGCGCGGUCGUGCACGGGCCGCGAGAGGUGCCGGAGCCCCGGCCCGAGGGCGCGGCCGCAGCCGCCGCCGCCGCCCCCACGCUGCCCCGCGUCGAGGAGCGCCGCGACGGCAAGGACAGCGCCUCGCUCUUCGUGGUGGCGCGGAUCCUAGCGGACCUCAACCAGCAGGCGCCGGCGCCCGUCCCGGCGGAGCGCAGAGAGGGCGCCGCGGCCCGAAAGGCCAGGACCCCCUGCCGCCUGCCGGCCGCGCCGCCGCCGCCGCCGCCCCCGCCGAACGCCCCCGAGCCCGCCUUCCCUGGCGGCGAAGGCGCGGCGGCGGCGGGAGCGGGAGCGGCCGCGCCCCCCAGCCCCGCGUGGAGCGAGCCCGAGCGGGAGCCGGGGCCCGCGGGGAGCGGCGAGCCCGGCCUCAGACAAAGGGGCCGGCGGGGCCGGAGCCGCUCCGACCUCGAGUCCCCGCAGAGGAAGCACAAGUGCCACUACGCGGGCUGUGAGAAAGUUUAUGGGAAAUCGUCGCACCUCAAGGCGCACCUGAGAACUCACACAGGUGAACGACCCUUUGCCUGCAGCUGGCAGGACUGCAACAAGAAGUUUGCACGCUCCGACGAGUUGGCGCGGCACUACCGCACGCACACUGGCGAGAAGAAGUUCAGCUGUCCCAUCUGUGAGAAGCGCUUCAUGCGUAGCGACCACCUGACCAAGCACGCACGCCGCCACGCCAACUUCCACCCGGGCAUGCUGCAGCGGCGUGGCGGGGGCUCGCGGACCGGCUCACUCAGCGACUACAGCCGCUCAGAUGCCAGCAGCCCCACCAUCAGCCCGGCCAGCUCACCAUGAGGCCACCCCGCACGCCCUCCUGCCCACCCCUGUCACAAGGCCUCCGCUGUCAGGCCCGUCCUGUCCUUUUGUGAUAAGAGAAGGAACGAAUUUAGGAGAAAAAAAAGUCCUUGAGAAACACUUUUCUUCACCUCAGGUGUCAAAGUCAGUUUGUUUGUUUGUUUUUUAAAAAAAAAAAGAAAAAAAUACAAUGAAAAAUGUCCAAAAAUACCAUUCACAAGUUGCACAACAGACGUAUGUACCCAUGAAGUUGAGAUUCAGCGGUGUUGAACCCCUUUCUCAGGGAUGGACGCGGUCCACGCACGAGGUCAGUGAGGACACCCCUUCCUGGCGCCUUACUCUGUACAUAGAUUUGCACUCUGGAGUUUUCUGUGAGGACAGAGCUGGCCAAGUGGCGCAGGGGUCACGGACAUUUGUGCUUCUCUGACAGAUUCGUAAGCAGUGAGGCCUGGCUUCCCCGCUCCCUGCCCUGCCCAGACCUGACCAGACACCCAAGGUGCAGGUGUCUCCAAAGGAUGGGCCACUUCAGGGGGGAUGCCUCAAGCUGUGACAGGCCAAAGGAGCACCCCUAUGUGUGUUGGUUUCAGGUUGCGGGGGACUGUGCAGGGAGCCUGACUCCCUCCUCGCCUCCAGGAGCUUUGCCAGCGUCAUCUUGGAAGAACUGGAAUCAGACAGACCAGCCUGAUCAGGCACAGCAUUGUACCAGCCUGGCAGGAGACAGCAGCUGGGCUACACCUGCCCAGAGCCGCGAGCUCUGUCCUUGCAGAAGGCACCUGAGGCCACCCCACCCCACCCCCGGAUACUGUACCCUGUUGUCCGGCCGGAAAAUGGAGCCUGGGGCCUGUAGUCGUGGGCACAGGUGUCAGGCAGAGCCCCGGGCGUGUCCAGACCCUGAGCUCUGUGGAUGAUACCCGUGGGCCGGCUCGGUGUGUACACAGAAAGCUGGCAGUUGGGUAGCUGGGGGACUUCACAGACUGUCCUGCAAUGGCAGACCAGAGCAUUGUGACCAGGGACUCUGCCAGUACGGUGCCAUGGCUGUUCCGGGAGCCGCGGGAACAGUGAGGACUCUAGGGAGCGCUUUCCUAGACCCUGCGUGUCCCAGCUUCUCCACGCCCUGCCUGGGAGGCCUAGGCUGCACCACCUGCUCCUGCUGAGGGACAAGGAGCACCCGGCCCAGACUUGUGCGGGGCUGACUUAUGGCCUGCGCAGCUCCAUCUCGUCAUGCCCCAGUGAGCUCUCCGGGGCCCUGGGAUGGCCACCCUGUCCCUGUGGCCCAGGCCUAUCCUCCCCUUGUCAGGGAGCACUGGGGUGUGUGAACACAGGCCCAGGAUUCUGUGUGUGUGUGUGUGUGUGUGUGUAUGUGAGGGGGAGGGGGUGGGACAGACUUGGGCUAUCUUGCAGAGACCUCUCCUCAUUUGGGUGAGGGGUUGCCCUUGGAACCUCAAAGGACCAUAGGUGGGCUUCCUGGGCCCAGAGUGCCUUGGUGGUGGCCAACUUGCUUCUACUCUGGCCCUCCCAUGGCCUGGCGUGCAGGCCCCCUGCGGCUCCUGGCCACUGCUUGGGAGUGACUCCAGUGGAUGGAUGUCCUGUGUGCACAGCUGUGGGAGGGGAGGAAGAGCAGCGUCGUGCUGAGCACUGUCCUUGAGGUGCCGUGUGUGCCAGCUGGGGUCGGCUGAUGUCCCGGAUGCGUGAGGGCUCCUGAGCUGGGCCGUGGAUUGUUCCUGCACUGGUGGGGGUGCUGGGGAGGGGGGAAGCCCUAUGCUGGCCACGUGCCUGGCUGUCCUGAUGGCUGUGUGUGGCCUGGGGGAGAGGGAGAAGGUAGCUUAGGAAGCAGGGACCUCGCCUGAGAGAGCCCUGGGUACUUGGGUUCCAGAGUGAAGCCACACUCUGAAUACAUUUCACGUCUCAGGAAUUCACAUUCCAGGUUCAGGAAUUUUAUUCCAAAGUCCUUUGGUGCACUCGCCACCCCGGGUUCCGAAGGCAGAGAGAGGGUGCAGGGUGUUCCAGGAGGUGGGCAGAGCACCCUGGGGCGCGGGGUGGGGGGAGGGGAGGGGAGGGGAAGCGCUCCCCAUGUCACCCUGGGAGGUUUUCAAGCUCCACAUCUGCCUGCAUAGAAGAGGUAAAAGGACUCUAAAUCCAGUCAUCUUGGAAUAAAAAUGAGCAGGUUUGCUUUAGAGCAGGGGUGGGGGGUGGGGGGAAAGGUGGGCGUCGGCUGUUUCCAAAGAGAGCACUUAAUUUAAUUUUUUCCUCUAAAUGACCCAGGGCUGUUCCGUCUGAUAGAUGGAAGGGUAACAUUGCCUUAAAACAGAAAUAUGCAGGCGUUGUUGGCUAUUUUUGGCAAAUGAACGUGUCUUCAUUCCCAAAGUGGUUCUCAUUAGCGGGCAGGUUCUCAGCGCCCUCCUGAGAAACGGGAGGCAGGGCACCCAGGUGGACAGGAGGCAUUCCCAUCUGCGUCAUCCAGGAGUGGAAACCCUCCCUGGGCGGGGACCAGGUGGGGACCCGCGGAUCUCAGGCUCAGCCCACCGGCAAGUUCCCAUCUCAUCCCGAGAAGGGUGCCUUCUAGGAUGCGGGAUGUCUUCCCAGCCUGGGUCCAUUUCAGGGUCUUUUCAUUUUUGUGUGGUUUAUGGCCAUGCUUGCCAGUUUCGGUGGGAUUAAGGAAGCCAUAGGGUUUUUAGAAACAGUGGUGGAAAUAUAAACCUUGGUUUUUGGGACUGACUGCAGUUCCAGGAGCCAUGUGAGCAGGGGUCUGGAAGUGAAGGGAGACCCCCUCCCCAAAGGCCUCAGAGUGACUUGACAUAACCAUGGGGCUGGCGUUCUGCUCCUGUCUCCAGCAAGAGGCGCCCUCUUUGCAUCAGCCAUAUCGGGACUGGCCGCCAGCUCCCCAGACGCCUACUGAAUCCUACAGCCAUACCGACACAUGCAGCUGGACAUGUAGUCCUCUCCUGCCGGGUGCUAUGUAGGGGUGGGCAAUGCUGCCCUAGCCGAGAGCACAGGCCUGGGGAGGCAGUCUGGGGCGUCCUGCCUCAGCACCUCCCUAGGACCCUGGGGGUACAGGGUUCCUCCAGCUUCACCCUCCUGGCUCCUUCAUUCUGAGGCCAUGCAUCGGGGCAGGUGCAGCCUCAAGGUGCAAACGUGUGCACUCUGGUGACCGCGGACCUCACCGUGGCCCACGGCCAGCUAGGCCUGGGGAAGGUGGUCCAGAGAUGGACAUGGGCAGAGGCCCCAGGUGAAGGGCAGCAGGACUGGGGUCUCCAUUCGAGAUCUUUGCCCCAUUCUUUCGCCUGCCCUCAGCCCAGUAUUCUUGCCAGAGCAGGUGCUAGGAUGGGCUCAACAGGGUUGCAGUUGUGUGACCUGGUUCAGGGCAGGGUCCCAGCCAACAGGAAGGCUCCUGGUUGGGGCCUGAGCAUUUUGACUCCUGACAGUGUGACAGUAGGUUUUUUGUGUGUUUGUGUGUGUGUUAUUUUUUUUUUAACUCAUUUGGAAAAAGUCCUUCAUCAAAGACAGUACCCAGGGGAGAAGAGCUGGUCCCAUGCCUGAUCCAACUCCAAACUUCCAAGGUUGGCCCUAGACGUUCAUUCCAGAGGCAUUGUCCCAGCAUCUGGAAGCACAGUCCAGCUGACUACUGAUAUAUGCCUGGUCUUCCUCCUGCCCACUGACCUGUCCUCCUCAGUCAAAGGAGUGCGUUUGUCAGGAAGUGGGAAUCCCCGUGUCCCACGGGAAGAGGGGCCACACUGGGUACCUGCUGACGCCCCUCCCCGACAAGAUGUGGGGGUUUGCAGUGUGGGCCCUUGGCCCUGCUCGGCCUCUCCCCCUCCUUCAGCUUUAAGACUUGACUUUUAUUUAAGAAUAAACAGGAUGAGAGAAGUAGCACUCCUUCCCCCAAACCCUCAAACGUCAGUCACACAUUCCAGAGGGUGGGGAGGGCACAGGAAGGCAGGGGAGGGGCAGAUGUGCAGCCUCCUCCCAGGGCUGGGAGCUCCGUCUACCUGUUCGCUCCCCAGGGACCCCUGGAUGGGCUACUUGCAGAGCAUUAGCAGGGCUGCUGGGAGCUGAUGUCAGAGCCCUUCCCGGAAUGUGUCCCCUGCCCUCCCCGUCCCAACCCCGGAGAAGCAUGCUACCAUGCUCACUCAGGUCGGGGGGUGUCCUCCUGGGUGAGCCAGCGGGAGACUUGCUUCCUGGCCUCACCCUGGAAAAGUCAGCCUGGUGCUGAGUGCUGCCCCCACUGCCCGGUGUGUAGGGGGUGUGUGCCAGCUCCUUACUAAGACUAUGCAUGCAUGAUCAGGUUUGGGACCCGCUGUGUGGCUCCAGGCAGACCUGGAAUGGCCUCUGCGGGUGUAUUGGAUAUAGGCGACCCCUUCCCGUCCCACACCGUGGUGGAGCUUCUCUGGAAUUGUUUGCCAAAAUCCCAAGGCAGAACACAAGGGUCCAAGACCAUUUCCAUCAAGCUCAUGUUUGCUCUUCUUGUCUUUUUUUUUUUUUUUAAUCCAUCCCCCAUCACAUUUCUGAAGGCCAUGGCUCAUCUUUCCUGGAUCACUACAGUGAAGUAUUAUAGUUGUACAGUUCCCAGCCUUGGCUUGCUCCAAUAAAACUUUGUAUGUAUUUUGUAUGGCAUAGAUUCUAUAUUGUAAUGAUGUCCUAUGCAAAAAAAAAAAAAUUAACAAAAUUGUAAAUUUUAUUGUUUUAACGUGUAUGCAUGUUUAGUGACGUUUCCAUUUUGAAAUAAAAAUUAUGAUUCAGUA